CCCGGAAGAGGCGCAGGCCGGGAGAGGAGUAGGUCGGCUAAGUUUGCGCGUCUUGGUCCCCAUGGCGCUGUGGCGCGGCUCUGCGUACGCGGGCUUCUUGGCAUUGGCGGUGGGCUGCGUCUUCUUGCUGGAGCCGCAGCUGCCGAACUCGGCGCUGCGGUUGUUGUGGAGCUCGCUGCAGCCGGGGCCCCCUCCUCCGGGACCCGGCUCCCCUGAGGGCCGGUUGGCGGCCGCCUGGGACGCACUCAUCGUGCAGCCGGUCCGGCGCUGGCGCCGCGUGGCAGUGGGAGUCAAUGCAUGUGUGGAUGUGGUGCUCUCAGGGGUGAAGCUCUUGCAGGCACUUGGCCUGAAUCCUGGGGAUGGGAAAGAUCACUCCAUCCUGCAUUCAAGGAAUGAUCUGGAAGAUGCCUUCACUCACUUCAUGGGGAAGGGAGCAGCUGCAGAGCGCUUCUUCAGCGAUAAGGAAACUUUCCAUGACAUUGCCCAGGUUGCAUCCGAGUUCCCAGGAGCCCAGCACUAUGUAGGAGGAAAUGCAGCUUUAAUUGGACAGAAAUUUGCAGCCAACUCAGAUUUAAAGGUUCUUCUUUGUGGUCCAGUUGGUCCAAAGCUGCAUGAACUUCUUGAUGACAACAUAGUUGUUCCACCAGAGUCACUGCAGGAAGUGGAUGAGUUCCAUCUCAUUUUAGAGUAUCAAGCAGGGGAGGAGUGGGGCCAGUUAAAAGCUCCCCAUGCCAACCGAUUCAUCUUCUCCCACGACCUCUCCAACGGGGCCAUGAAUAUGCUGGAGGUGUUUGUGUCUAGCCUGGAGGAGUUUCAGCCAGACCUCGUGGUCCUCUCUGGAUUGCACAUGAUGGAGGGACAAAGCAAGGAGCUCCAGAGGAAGAGACUCUUGGAGGUUGUGACCUCCAUUUCUGACAUCCCAGCUGGUAUUCCAAUUCACCUAGAACUGGCCAGUAUGACUAAUAGGGAGCUCAUGAGCAGCAUUGUGCAUCAGCAGGUCUUUCAUGCGGUGACUUCCCUUGGGCUGAAUGAACAGGAGCUGUUAUUUCUCAGCCAGUCGGCAGCUGGACCGCACUCUUCUCUCUCUUCCUGGAACGGUGUUCCUGAUGUGGGCGUGGUCAGUGACAUCCUCUUUUGGAUCUUGAAGGAACAUGGGAAGAGUAAAAGCAGAGCUUCAGACCUCACUAGGAUCCACUUCCACACGCUGGCCUACCACAUCCUAGUCACUGUGGAUGGAUACUGGGCCAACCAGCUUGCUGCUGUGGCUGCAGGAGCUCGUGUGGCAGGGACACAGGCCUGCGCAACAGAAACCAUAGACACCAGUCAAGUGUCCCUGAGGGCACCACGCGAGUUCCUGACUUCGCGUUCAGAGGCAGGCUCCAGGAUCAUAUUCAACCCUGACGAGCCAGUGGUAGGAUGGCACAGGGAGGGGGUGUCCUUCCACUUCACACCCGUAUUGGUCUGUAAAGAUCCUAUUCGAACUGUGGGCCUUGGAGAUGCUAUUUCAGCCGAAGGUCUCUUCUAUUCAGAAGUGCACCAUCACUAUUAGAAAGGUUGUUGUGAAUAAUUUUCCCAAAAGAGAACUAGCCAAUUUAAGAUCACAGGAAUUAAGUGGUUUGGAAAAUAGGAUCGAGGUAUCAGAACAGUUUCUAGAUUUAAAUCAAAAACAGCCAAAGAAACAACAGCAGAUUAAACUGUAUCAGAUACAUUCCAACUUGUUGACAAUUACACAAAAACAUUUCAGGUUUUAAUCAAAAUUUAUCUACUAAUGAGAGUGGAUUUUGGUUUUUUAUGUUGUGUGUUACAGGGCUAAAAACCUGAUUCCCACAUCCCCAGUUUGUGCAGCAUUCUCAAGUAUUUUAGGCCAAACUUCUUCACCCUAGAGCGCAUGUCAGCUGGAAAAAGCCCCCCUUCCUGCCCCCUUCAGAAGUGCAUGCUCACUCACCGUGUCUAGUAAAGCCCAGUGUGAGCUGCUUGUGUUCUCCGUCUACUCAGUGCCUGUGGUCAGGGUCAUGAGUUCCAUUCAGUGCUAUAAUGAAAACACUUAAUGAGCAUAUCUUAUAUCUUCUCAGUCUUUUCUCACACGUAAGAGCCACAAAUGAGAACAAAAUCCUCCCCCCUGAGCUUCAUAGUCAGGGAGGCAGGAGCCUGGGGCCCAGCGAGGGAAUCUGCCAUUCCGCUCUGGUUUAGAAGCCUGGCUGCCCUGUAGGGCGGCCCUGUGAGCUGAAGGGCGGUGCCCUCCUGCCCUGGCUCCUUAGAUUGUAUGCUGGCUGGUCAGAGACUGCUGUGCCCGCCCAACCUCGUUGCCCGGCUCUGGACAUACUUUCCCCAGUAGAAGAGUGAUCUUCAUUCUGAACCUUGAAGGAAGCUGGCAUUUACAACUGGAAUACGCUUCUGUGUGUGUAACUGAUAGUGCUUGUUCUACAUUGACACAUCACAUCCAUUAAAGAGUUUGACCUCAUAAGAGCCCCAGGAUCAUGAAGAAAUUGGUCAUGUUAACAUAUUUAU